ACAGUUAUAUUUCACCACAAUACCAAUGGCUCACAAAAUGAAAGAUGCCACCAAAAAGGCCUCCAAGAGUGCCCGGCCCUCGCUGGGUAUUCUUGACACCCAGGCCUUGGCCGACAAGAUCAGGAAGAACGCCUUGAAGAAAAAACAGGAACAAGCGGCUGCUCCCGCCCUUGAACCCCCCAUCGCUCCCUCAGUGGUGUUGGAAGACAAAGUAGUUGAUGCAUCGGCCGAGACGGCAAUCCAAAGCUUCGCCGAGUUCGACUUGAUUCCUGAGAUCUUGGAGUCCAUCCAGGCGAUGAAGUUCACCAAGCCCACACCCAUCCAGGCCGAAUCCAUCCCUCACGCGUUGGCAGGUAAAGACAUUAUUGGAUUGGCACAAACCGGUUCUGGGAAAACCGCUGCCUUCGCCAUCCCCAUUCUCCAGGCGCUCUGGCACGCCAAGACCCCGUACUUCAGCUUGGUGUUGGCUCCCACGCGUGAGUUGGCGUUUCAGAUAAAAGAAACGUUUGAUGCGCUCGGGUCCUCAAUGGGGUUGCGAUCGGUUUGUAUUGUGGGAGGCAUGGACAUGAUGGACCAGGCCCGAGACUUGAUGCGCAAGCCCCAUGUGAUCGUGGCGACGCCCGGACGUAUCACGGACCACUUGGAACACACCAAGGGGUUUUCGUUGAAGAAUUUGAAAUAUUUGGUGAUGGAUGAGGCCGAUCGGUUGCUCGACAUGGACUUUGGGCCGGCGUUGGAUAAAAUUCUAAAGGUGAUUCCGGUGGAAAGAACAUCGUACUUGUUUUCGGCUACCAUGACUAACAAGAUUGCCAAGUUACAGCGGGCAUCGUUGAAAAACCCUGUUCGAGUGGCGGUUUCCAAUAAAUACCAGACGGCUGAUAAUUUGGUGCAGUCGAUGAUGUUGGUGAGCGAUGGAUAUAAAAACACCUUUUUGGUGCACUUGUUGAACGAGUUCAUGGGCAAGAGUAUCAUUGUGUUCACACGGACAGUGGCCAACUCCGAACGGACGGCCAUUUUGACCCGACUUUUGGGGUUUUCGUCGGUACCGUUGAAUGGGCAGUUGUCACAGACCCAGAGAUUGGGAGCUUUGAAUAAGUUCAAGUCGGGAAAAGCCAAUAUUUUGAUAGCCACCGAUGUGGCGGCCAGAGGAUUGGAUAUUCCGUCGGUGGACGUGGUGAUAAACUACGAUAUCCCCACUGACUCCAAGGCAUAUAUUCAUCGAGUGGGAAGAACGGCCCGAGCUGGAAAAUCAGGAAAAUCGAUUUCGCUCGUCACUCAGUACGACUUGGAGCUCUAUUUAAGAAUCGAGAGUGUUUUGGGCAAGAAGCUCCCCAAGGAUCCUUCGCCUUCGAAGCAGGUGUUGAACACUUUGCAUGUUCACGUGGACAGAGCCGUGGCAGAAGCCAUUCGGCAGAUGAAGGAUAUUCAUGAGCGCAGAGGUAAUAGGAACCAUAGAGACAACCACGACCGAGAGGAGAGGUGAGGCACCUCCAACAAAAUCAAACAUAACAUACCGAAAUAAUCUAUAGACUCCAUGUACCGUGGCAUCGCAGGUCCCUGACCGUACCGUAGCAUCUGCCUCUCCUGACCGUGGCAUCCGCCUCUCGGUCGUGGUUGCUCUACUUCAGUAAAUAGUGCACAGGACACUCGCCGUAUCCCUUCUUGUUAAACCAGUCCUUGAUACACUUGUAGUGGAACACACACAAACACUCCAACCGGCCCACCUUGUCUCCUGGCUUCAACUCCUCAAGACAAAUUACACACUCAUUGUCAUCAUCAUCCGGGUCCUCCUUCUCGUUCUGCUGAACCGUGCUUAUCGAUGUGACCGACCCAAUACGUAAAUGCAACCCUUCGUCGUAUCCACUCAUCUGUUUGAUGGUGUCGUAAGAAGUCCCUUCCACCGCGGGAAUCGCUUCAAACUGGGGUUUUGGAAUCGGGGGCAUGUUAUACACCAACAUCUUGUUGCGAGGAUGCGUGUGGUUACUGCCGCUAGCCCCGCCCGCAAACCGUGAGUGGCUGUAGUCAAAGUCAAACGACGUGAGACAACUUUUGAUAUGGUCUUCUUUAAAGGUCUCAAAGUCAUCAUUACUGAUUUCAUUGAUCUUCUUCUUGUGGGUCGUGAUGUAGGCAUCCAACAUGUUGAUUGCACACACAGGACACAAGUUAUGGUCCAGAUCAUCGUCCCGCAGGCUCGCCAAGUUGUUGGUGGACGAGUUGGUCGAGGAAUCCAACACCCGGGUGGAGGUCCUGGUGCGAGAAAACUUCAUCACACUGUUUCGGUCAUCGGCCGGGACGCUCAUGGUACCGCUGGCACUGGCAUUACCCUCGCUGGCCGACAGGCUCCAUGACCGACAGACUCACUCAACUCCAGAUCUGUGUGGACCAGCUCAUCGAGCAAUUCAAUGCCACCGUCAACUACGUUAAUGUGCACAGCGAGCAGGCACCUCUCGAUGAAGACCCCAGUUCUGUCACCAAUAUAGCUGCCAGUGCGCCGGUGGCCGGGCAAGUACCUCCACAACCAACCCAACCACAAACAGGCCAAACCAGCAACGGACUCUCGGACCACCCGACUUCACAUGAGAGUGAGGGUCUGGGUGCCAAUUUCGAUAACACCAUCAACGAGUUGUCGACGGAUAUAAUACUAAAGUCUCGACAAAUCUCUAUGCUAAUUGAUUCCUUACCAGGAGUAGGGAUAUCUGAAGAUUCACAGAUGCAGUUAAUCAAGGAUCUAUCGGUGGAGCUUCAGGAGGUUGAAAGUGAGAGAAUACAAAAAAUACACCAGAAAGAUGAGCUUUUAAAGUGGGUUGAAGGUUUGAUUUUAGAGGUCGCUUCUGGCAUCUCCAACACAAAGUAAAUUACAUAUGCUCAUUGUGUACUAUUAGAUAUACAUACUCAUUUCGUUCUGUGGCACCUACUUCUUGUAGGUCCUACAGUCAAAGUCCCAGGAUCCAAUCCACUUGGCUUCUCGACAUGCCUCUCUAGACCAAUCAGUUCCAUAUAUCAAUGGAGAAAAAUACACAAAACAUCCUAAUGAAAGCCCUCCGAUCACCCCAACCAAGAUGUAGCCAAAGAGCUUCCGUUUCGAUAUCUGAUACUCAACAAAGUACGUCACCGUCAAAAUACAGAAAUAAAUUGCCGGUAAGUAAUGGUGUAAGAACAAUUCUCGCUCCAUCAUAAAGUAUGGUUGGUAAUGAACCACAUACCCAAGUAUGGUUUCCAUGGUUGCCUGGUAGAACAUACUGACGUUGGUAGUUUCAUUGGGGAGCAUGAAUGGGUUCAAAUGGUUAAUCAAGUAGAAGACUUGUUUCAAUCCAAUGAACAAAAUGGCCAUAACUCCAAAAUAAUAGAUGGCAAGGUUUCCAAAAUAGUAUAUAUGACUUCCAGGCUCAUCUGCUGUCUUUACCCUGGCAUCUGUAGAGUAAUAGUUGGUUCCCCUGAUCAAAAAUGGCCAUGCUUCGGGUCUUGAGCCAUACUCAUGAGAACCUCCCAUGCCCUUGUUGAACAUCCACAUCACUUUUUGGUACUCCACAAACUUUUUCCAGAACGUGAGGCCUCCUAGGUUGACUCUCUCGGAACUUUGAUCCUUGUCUAGCAUUGGAUGGCUGUUGUACUCGACAUACCAUAAAGUGUUAGGAAUAGUGGGCUGGUUGAUGCAAAGAACUUCGUUUUGACCAAAUGCCCAUCCCGGAAGCUUCCCUUGAUGGGCCACUAGAGAACACCUGGUCCCUUGGUGGAAGAGCUGGAACACGGACUCGGUGGCCCUGAGCUUUAUGUUGGGCAAAUUGUUUUUUGAAUGGGGCUUUUUGUCCAAGAUAUGGAUUUUGAACUCGUAGUUGAUGUCUCCCAAUAAGUCUCGUGUUCCGUUACACGACACCUCGUUGGCGUAGUCCUUCUCAGUGAUGGGGGGCCUCACGUUGUUGACAUGAAGAAACUUUCCGGUAGCUUUGUGGAAAAGUCUCACCACAUCUCCAUUUUUAAUGGGAUUCACCUGGUCAAAGAGUCUCAUAUCGGUCCUCUUGGUCUUGGGAUGUAUUUCCCACUCGUUGUUGUAGUCAGUGUGAUACAGAUAUAACGUCACCUGCUGUUCUUUGGAGCCAGUUUUAUAAUUAAAUGGGUGUGAGUGUAAGUACUUACCCACCUCAUUAUGUUUUAAAGUCACCGUACUGCCAUAAACCACUUCCACCGGCUCUUUUCGGAUGGUGUCAUAGUCCUUGAAUGUGGCCUUGAACUGGGGCGUCAUGGGGCCGGCUCCUGGACCUACAUUCGGAAGGGCAUGGAAAUGAAGCGAGAAAGCUGCCAAAUAGAUCGUGAACGGAACACCCACCAAAUAAACAAUUCUGGCAACCAAGUGUUUCCACCACCCAAAAUCCGACACCUCCAAGUCCCCCAAAACGGUCCAUAGUUGUAAGAAUGCCAAGAUCCCAAUCCACCCAUAAGUUAAGAGUCCACUCGACUUACUUGAGCAUGCGAGCCCUAAAAACACUCCUGUGAGUAACCAGUUGGCAUGCCAGCGGCCACUGAAAGCAGUCGAGUUUCUCGCCAUGCUGAAACCCAACAUCGUGACAGCGGUAAACAAGAUCAAUGGCGAGUCCAAGAAGAAAAACCGUGAUUGGGUCACCAUCGAGUUCUCGAUCAACACCAAAAACGAGCCAAACAACGCCGACACCGGACCACAAUAGUUGUGGCGGAGAAUGAG